CGCAGAGUGCUGUGCUGGUGGUGUGCUCGGCCGUUCGCAACGCAACGGGCACCAUACAUUCGACUCUAACCUCUCGUGGCGAACGGACGUGUGCGUACGCCCGGUUUCCCCGCAUGCUCGCGGCUCAGUGAGUGGUGAAACAGUAGGCAGGUAGAGAGAGGGAGAAAGCACAGUGUGAGUGUGUGUGUGCGUGUGUGUGGUUGGCAAAAAGCGGGACCACGGUGAAGCGGACCGCCGUUCCCUUGGCCCUGCGCUAGCUGUGUGUGUGUGUGUGUGGCUUGGUGUGCGGUGUGUGGUGUGGGUGAAGUGAGCGACUUUGCCCCGUGUAGCACUGGAGGUAAAAGCCAAAAACCAACCAGCCGCAGCAGCCCAACAGGCAGUAGCAGCAGUGGAAGAAGUGUCUGGUUGGAAAGGAGUGUGUAGUCGUCCGGGUGGAUUUUUGUGGUGCCUGGAAACUCGCUAACCGUUAGCAAAAGGAAGCAUUGUGAGCGCCCGUGCGCGCUUGCGUGUGUAUUGUGUUUUAAUUGAAGUUAAAAUUAUAGCAAAAAAAAAAAAAAGAAAAACAACACCCAUCAUCAAACUCACCAAUCAACUGUGCUAAAAAACGCAACGCCAACUGACUUCUAUCAAAACGAUUAAACAUCACAGCAAAGAGAGUGCUGAGUGACGCGAAAGGGUUAAAUCCGCGGUGGACAUCUAAUGCUGAGCCAAUCGAUACGGAUUCGAUUGCGCUAGAGAGGAAGCGAAAGAAGAGUCCGCUGAAGAUCCGAAGUGAUCUUCCCGCUAGGGUUCUUCCCGACACAACAGACGACACGCAGAGAGUGUGUGGUGAUUCUGGUGAUCCGAUCGUCCUCCCGGUGAGGACAGCAGCUCCUCAUCCUCUCCGCUCUCCCCUCGAGAGCACCCCAACAUGCGAACGACACACAGUAGUAGUGGGUCCGCCCCGGCGACCCAGCUGCUUCUGGCGGCCGCCGUCGUGCUGAUGCUCAACGUCCUGACAGUGCACAGUUUAAUACACUCGCCACCGCGCAUCAUCAAGCAGCCGCCCCCGGACGAGAUGCUGUUCCAGGUGGCGCAGCAGGGCGAAAGCGACAAACCCUUCCUGAUCGAGUGCGAGGCGGAAGGUGAACCGACACCGAAAUACCGUUGGAUCAAGAACGGCAAAAAGUUCGAAUGGCAAACGUACGACGACCGGAUGUCCCAGCAGCCGGGGCGUGGUACGCUGGUAAUUACGUCACCGCGCGACGAAGAUCUCGGCCAGUACCAGUGCUUCGCGGAGAACGAGCACGGUACCGCCACCUCCAACUCGGUGUUUGUGCGCAAGGCGGAGCUGAACUCGUUCAAGGACGGUUCGCCCCAGACGCUGCAGGCGGACGAGGGCAAACCGUUCAAGCUGGUCUGCCAGCCGCCGGACGGCUGGCCGAAGCCGAACGUCUACUGGAUGAUCCAGAACAUGGACGGGGGCAUCCGGAGCAUCAACAACUCGCGCAUGACGCUCGACCCGGAGGGCAACCUGUGGUUCUCGAACGUGACGCGCGACGACGAAUCGAACGACUUCUUCUACGCCUGUGCCGCCUCGUCCGUGUUUCGCAGCGAGUACAAGAUCGGCAACCGGGUGCUGCUGCAGGUGAAGCAGACGGGCAUCUCGGCGGCCCAGAACCGGCACCCGCCCCAGCGCCAGUACGUGUCGCGCAAGAACGAGGUCGCGCUGAAGGGCAAGCAGAUCGAGCUGUUCUGCAUCUACGGCGGCACGCCGCUGCCCGAGACGGUGUGGACGAAGAACGGGCGGGCGAUCGUGUGGAACGACAAGAUCCAGCAGGACAACUACGGCAAGUCGCUCAAGAUACGGCGCGUCUCGUCGGAGGAUGCGGGCACGUACACGUGCGAGGUGUCGAACGGCGUCGGGCAGGCGGACUCGUACUCGAUCAACCUGGCGGUGAACGCGGUGCCGUACUUUACGGUCGAGCCGGAGAUCGUGAACGCGGCGGAGGGCGAGACGGCCGAGUUUAAGUGCGAGGCGGCCGGCAACCCGAAGCCGAACAUCAUGUGGAUCCACAACGGCAAGCAGAUCGACGUGAGCCAGGGCAAUGCGCGCCGCAUCGUCGGCUCGUCCAGCAUCUACAUAAGCAAGCUGCAGAAGAGCGACACGGGCAACUACGGCUGUAACGCGACCAACUCGCUCGGCUACGUGUACAAGGACGUGUACCUGAACGUGUUGGCGCUCGCGCCAGAAAUUACCGAUCCGCCCAAGCGCGAGUUCACCGUCGACCAGCGCAACGUGACGAUGACGUGCCGGGUGUUCGGUGCGCCGAAGCCGCAGGUCAAGUGGCUGCGGAACGACCGCGAGCUGACCGGCGGCCGGUACCAGACGAUGCCGAGCGGCGACCUGUUUAUCCGCGACGUGAAGUUCGACGACGCGGGCGAGUACACGUGCCACGCGGUGAACAAUCUCGGCAGCAAGUCGGCGUCCGGCGAGCUGAUCGUGAAGGAGCGCACGGUCAUUAACGAUCCGCCGCAGGACUACGAGGCGGAGGCGGGCACGACCGUCACGUUCCGCUGUAACGCGAUCGCCGACUCGUCGCUCGAGCUGACGAUCGAGUGGCUGACCAAGGGCGAGAUCAUCGACUUCGAGAACCAGCCGCGCUUCAUCCGCACCUCCGACAACUCGCUGAUGAUUUCGAAAACGAUCGAGCUGGACACGGGCACCUACACCUGUCUGGCCCGCACCGACCUGGACGAGGUGAUGGCGAACGCGACGCUCACCGUGAUGGACCGGCCGAACCCGCCGACGCUGACGCGCGUCAACUGCAAGGGCAAGGUGGCCCAGAUCGAGUGGAUCUCGAACGGCGACAACCGGUCCCCGAUCCUGAACUACAUCAUCGAGUACAACACCUCGUUCACGCCCGACACGUACGACGUGCUGUCGGACGACGUGCCCGGCACGGACUUCGCCUGGACGGUGAACACCACGCCCUGGAACAACUACACCUUCCGCGUGAUUGCGGUGAACAAGGUCGGCCGGUCGCUGCCGUCCGGCCACAGCGACGUCUGCACGACCGAGUCGAGCGUGCCGUACAAAAAUCCGGACAAUCUCGAGGGCGAAGGCACGACGCCGACCAAUCUCGUAAUUAAGUGGCGUCCGCUCGCGCAAGUCGACCACAACGCGCCCGGCCUGCACUAUCGCGUCUACUGGCGGCGGGACAUACCCGGCGCGGAGUGGAACUCGGCGGACGUGCGUGACUGGCGCCAGUCGUCCUACACGGUCGAGGGUUUGCCGACGUUUACGCGCUACAGCGUGAAGGUGGUGGCGCUGAACGAUCGCGGCGAGGCGAACUCGGGCCCGUGGGAAAUCAUGGCGUACAGCGGGGAGGAUACGCCGCUCGAUGCGCCGGCCAACUUUACGCUGAUCCAGGUGACGGGACCGACUGCGGCCAUCCUCAGCUGGAACCCGGUGACGCCCGAAUCGCUGCGCGGCCACUUCAAGGGCUACAAGAUCCAAACCUGGACCGAGGCGGACGGCGAGGAGAACCUGCGCGAGAUACUGAUCACCGCCGACUCGAAGCAGGCGCUCGUGACGGACUUCGUGCCGGACGCGACCAACUACGCCCGCAUCCUCGCGUACAACGGCCGGUACAACGGGCCGGCCAGCACGACGCUGUCGUUCGACACGCCCGAGGGCGUGCCGAACACGAUCCAGGCGCUCGAGGCGUACCCGCUCGGGUCGUCCGCGUUCCUGCUGCGCUGGAAGAAACCGCUGCAACCGAACGGCAAGCUCACCGGCUACCGGAUCUACUACGAGGAGGUGAAGGGCACGACGGUGGGCCCGCGGAUGGAGCGCGAACCGCACAUCUCCGAUCCGGCCGUGCUGGAGGCGAAGCUGGGCCGCCUGAAGCCGGCUGCCAAGUAUCGUAUUCACGUCGUCGCCACCACCAAGGCUGGCGAAGGUCAAGACUUCUACAUCGAGCGGGCCACCUCGUCCGGUCUGGGUCUGCCACCGGACGUACCCAACUUCUACUGGGAAAACAUCCGGUCGGAGAACGGGCUCGCCAACAUCAAGGUGGUGUGGCAGCCGGCCCUCGGCGGCAAGGCUGGCUCGCACUUCUACGUCAAGUACCGCGUCAAGGACGAGUCGAGCUGGCAGACGACCGAUCCGGAGCUGUAUGAAAACUAUCUGAUCGUGCACGGCAUCAACCCGGACCAUCUGUACGAGUUCCGGGUCGUGUCGGUCGACGGCGAAUAUCAGACGGAAUCGGCCACGCAGGAAGUCGACACCUACGGCAUCCAGAGCUCCGUGAAGGUGCCGGGCGAUAACAUUGCGACGGCCGGCUGGUUCAUCGGCAUGAUGCUGGCGAUCGCGUUCCUCAUACUGGUGCUGAUCAUCAUCUGCAUCGUGAAGCGCAACCGGGGCGGCAAAUACGACGUGCACGAUCGGGAGCUGGCCAACGGCCGCAACGACUACACCGAGGAGGGCGGCUUCCCGGAGUACUCGCAACCUGUUUUACGUGAUUACAGUUUGGACAAUAAAAGCCAGGGCCGACAAUCGCUGAACUCGCAAAAAGUAGGACCGGAAAGUGAUACAGAUUCCAUGGCGGAAUACGGUGAAGGUGAUACAGGUGGCCAGUUCACCGAGGAUGGCUCCUUCAUUGGCCAGUACGUGCCGGGCAAGCCGCCCGUUAGCGCCCAGUCGACGCCGCAGAAUCCAUCGCUCCAGGGCGCCAACGCAGGCAUGGCAACGUACGUCUAAAAAGUGUGUGUGCUCGUGUGCAACCACACACACACACAUACACACGCGCGCGUCGCAAGAUCAUCUUUCGCCUGGGCAGAGAGCAGCCUCGACUAUUGUGUUUGAAAACGACAGCAGCAGCAACAGCAGCACAACACACGCGCUUGCAGCACACUUCGAAGCCACUCACUCGCGAGGAGAAACUAUUUGAAAAUAUUAGGAAAUACUUAAUAGAUACAGCGAGAGAGGGAGAGAGAGGGCGAGCGAAUGCUAGAAGGAGGGAUUAAUUUGCAAGACACUGCCCGCGCCUCUGAUGAAAACGUUAAGAAUUUAAUCGGCUUUGAGAUAGAGUAAAACUUCCCUCCAUCUCUCUCGCUCUCUCUCUCGCUCUCUUUUAAAGUAAUUCCGUUUAUGGUUUUCGUUUCUCGGCAACAGAUGAGUGAAUAGUGAAAUCACAAGACACAAAAGAAACAACACACAGCCGUUCGUGUGUGUGUGUGUGUGUGUCCGUGGAAGUGGUUAGAGAAAAGCGCUUUUCAAACAGAAAGCUGUUGACGAUUGCUAGCAAAAGUAUUAAACAACGUAGCGGCGGGAGAAGGAUACGGGAAAAGCUUGUCGCGCCAAAUCCCAUUGUCAGUGAAUGAUCAUCGAACCAUAUAGAGAGCGUGGCGGAAAGGAACAGUAGAGCAAGAGGAGGGGUGUGUUGUGGCUUUUGAUUUUCUAAUCAUUUUGCUUUUUUUUUCCUUUUUAUCAUGAAUACCAUCUGGUUUAAGAAUCUCAACGUGACACACAGAUUGAGCAAUCGCUCGUAUUUGAGGCCUCUGCCCCGUGUGUGUGGGAGCCGCCCCGUUAGCCUAAUGACUCUGUGCAUUAGCGAUCGCAUACACAUAUACAGAAAAUCUCGAUACAGAAAACCGCGCCUCACUUUUUUUCAUCAAAGACUAGAAACUGAAUCUCAUUAAUAUGUUUUUUUUUUUUUAAUUUCGAAACACGAACUCCGCGCACAAUGAAAAUCUCGUUCGUUUGCAAAACAUUUGCUUUCCAAAACACGUUAAAACGCGAAAGAAGAUGCAGGGCAAGGUGUGUGUGUGUGACGUUGCUGUGUUAGGAGUUUUUGCGCGAGGGGGUUCAGUUCAACACAAUCUUGAAACUUUGUUACGUCCAAAUUGUAAUCUUACGUGUAAAUCUUACACUCACGCUCUCCACGAUUUUACGAUUUAACGCUACGUGUUGUUGUUGGUAUAGGUUGCGAAAACCAAACUCUGAGACGCCUUUUUUUUGUAGGAAAAGCAAAACACGAACUCUCUCUCUCUCUUAUUUUGCUAUGAAUAUUGUUAUCGUCGCCCUAAGUGUUAGUGCAGCUUCAGUUGAAAAAUAGUGAAACCCAACGGAGGAAACAACGAAACUCUAGAUUUGUGCUGCUAUAACUACUAAGUGUCAGGUUGUUGUUAUAUCUUUACGUGUACUUUCUCUCAACCCCCCCCCCCCCCCCCGUUUUUCGCUUGUUUUGUAAACUUUUCGUGGUGUAAACCCCCGGUCCGAGCGAAGUGUGUCGCUUUGUGGAUGAUGGUGCCGCUGCCACGGAAAACAGCCCGUGCCUGUGGUCUUUGAGGCCUCCAAACACAGGGCUGUUGUGCUCUGGGGAGGGCGGAAGCGUCCAAUACAAGUGAAAUGAAUCUCUUCUAACAGCCCACAGAAGGAACAAAAACGGCAACAAAAAAGCUACCGUACAAUAUAUAACAAAGUAACGAACGAACGAACCACUUGGCGUCGUGCUAGCAUAACGUGUGUCGGUUUUUAUCUAAGAACUUGCGCGAAAAGUAAUCGAGAAAAACAAUAUUUGUUCUUUCACUUCCCAUUACAAACACUCUCCCACGCAACAGCACCACACACCCGUUGUGCGAAAGCGCGAAGCAGAAAAUCUUUAUCUUUAACAUAAUUUAUAAAUAAAACAUUACUAGGAACUGUA